AAAGGCUCAUCCAGAACAGAUCCUUUUUCAAAUGUCGAAAAAAUCCAGGAAAUGGGCCGUCAAAUCAAACGGCGUCAAACUCGACAGUUCACAGCUCACCCACUUCCCCAAAACGCACACAUGACCACAAGAUCCACCUAACGCCUACCAUAUCAAACCGUCGUCGCCACAAGCCCCUUUCAAACCCCCUUUACCUGUAUCUAGUUAUCUGCUUGUCUAUAAAAGCUCGCUCCCUUCCCAACUUCUUCACCCACCAGUUUCUUCUCCACCAAAACCAACUAGCGACAGCAGACCAACAAUGGAUCUCCUCCUCUUGGAGAAGAGCCUUCUAGGCAUCUUCGUGGCGGUGGUAGUAGCCAUCACCAUCUCUAAACUCCGGGGCAAGCGUUUCAAGCUCCCUCCUGGACCUUUACCCGUGCCAGUCUUCGGCAACUGGCUCCAAGUGGGUGAUGACUUGAACCACCGAAACCUGACAGGCUUGGCCAAGAAAUUUGGUGACAUAUUUUUACUUCGAAUGGGGCAGCGUAAUCUAGUGGUGGUGUCUUCACCAGAGCUAGCAAAAGAGGUACUCCAUACGCAGGGAGUGGAAUUCGGAUCAAGAACCCGGAACGUGGUGUUUGAUAUAUUCACGGGUAAGGGUCAGGAUAUGGUGUUUACAGUUUACGGUGAGCACUGGAGGAAAAUGAGGCGGAUCAUGACCGUCCCAUUUUUCACCAACAAGGUUGUCCAGCAGUACAGGUUCGGAUGGGAGGCUGAGGCUGGUAGUGUAGUGGAGGAUGUCAAGAACAAUCCUGAGGCAGCCACCAACGGAAUCAUUUUGAGGAGGAGGUUGCAGCUGAUGAUGUACAACAACAUGUACAGAAUCAUGUUCGACAAAAGGUUCGAGAGUGAAGAUGAUCCUUUGUUUGUUAGGCUCAAGGCUUUGAACGGAGAGAGGAGUCGAUUGGCACAGAGUUUUGAGUACAAUUAUGGAGAUUUUAUUCCCAUCUUGAGGCCCUUCUUGAGAGGCUACUUGAAGAUCUGCAAGGAGGUUAAGGAGAGGAGGUUGCAGCUCUUCAAGGACCACUUCGUCGAAGACAGAAAGAGACUUGCAAGCACAAAAAGCAUGAACAACGAAGGAUUGAAAUGUGCCAUAGAUCAUAUUCUGGAUGCUCAACAGAAGGGGGAGAUCAAUGAGGACAACGUUCUUUAUAUUGUUGAGAAUAUCAAUGUUGCGGCAAUCGAGACGACACUAUGGUCAAUUGAGUGGGGGAUUGCGGAGCUUGUGAACCAUCCUGAAAUUCAGAAGAAGCUGCGCCACGAGCUUGACACUGUUCUAGGAGUUGGUCACCAGAUCACUGAACCUGACACUUACAAACUCCCAUAUCUUCAGGCCGUGGUCAAGGAGACUUUGAGGCUCCGAAUGGCAAUUCCUCUACUUGUACCCCACAUGAACCUCCAUGAUGCUAAGCUCGCCGGCUAUGAUAUCCCUGCAGAGAGCAAAAUCUUGGUGAAUGCAUGGUGGCUUGCCAACAACCCUGCUAACUGGAAAAAUCCCGAGGAAUUUAGGCCUGAGAGGUUCUUGGAAGAGGAAUCUAAGGUUGAGGCCAAUGGCAAUGACUUCCGUUACCUCCCAUUUGGUGUUGGGAGAAGAAGUUGCCCUGGAAUUAUUCUUGCAUUGCCCAUCCUUGGUAUUACUUUGGGUCGUUUAGUACAGAAUUUUGAGCUCUUGCCUCCCCUAGGUCAAUCGAAGAUUGAUACCACGGAGAAAGGUGGACAGUUCAGUUUACACAUUUUGAAGCAUUCGACCAUUGUUGCUAAGCCAAGGGAAUUUUAACUUCACGUGUAUCUUUUUAGUGAACUCUUUGUGAGAUUGUUAAAAAUGAUUGUGGAAACAUUGUCUUGAUAAAUAUUUCUGCGGUGUGACAGUGUAUGUGAACCUGAAAUGAUGAAAUAAGAUUUGCAGUAAGUUUAAUAUUUU